GAGUGCAGGCAGUAGGGAGUUUUCUGCUGGGGUCAGGAGGACUUUGGACAGACGCACGGAUCCUACCCCAAACACCCCUGUAUGAGUGGAGUGUAGCAGAAAGAGAAAACAUCCCCAACUUUUUUUUCCUCUCUUGCCUCAAAGAGUCUACAUGUCUGGUGGCAUCUAGACAUGUUCAGCUUUGUGGAUUUGCGGCUGGUGCUGCUGCUCAGCGCCACGGUGCUCCUGGCCAGGGCGCAGGGCGAGGACGACCGCACAGGUGCCAGCUGCACCCUUGAAGGUCAGGUGUUUGCGGACCGGGACGUGUGGAAACCAGAGCCAUGUCAAAUCUGUGUGUGUGACAGCGGAACUGUGCUGUGUGAUGAGGUUCUAUGCCAAGACCCAAUUGACUGCCUCAAUCCCAUCGUCCCCCAGGGCGAGUGCUGCCCCAUCUGCCCUGAUGACGGCUACCAAUCUGCUCAGGUUGAGGGACCCAAGGGAGACAGUGGACCCAAGGGAGAGCGGGGCCCUCCUGGCCCCCCUGGUAGAGAUGGCCUGGAUGGCCACCCUGGUAUGCCAGGACCUCCCGGCCCUCCCGGACCCCCUGGUCUUGGUGGAAACUUCUCCCCUCAGAUGUCUGGUGGUUAUGAUGAGAAAUCCCCUGCCAUGCCUGUGCCUGGACCAAUGGGCCCAAUGGGACCCCGUGGACCUACUGGAGCUCCAGGUCAAAGUGGACCUCCAGGACCCAAUGGCCAUCCUGGUGAGCCUGGAGAGGCUGGAGCCUCUGGUCCCAUGGGGCCACGCGGACCUGCAGGACCUCCAGGAAAGAACGGAGAGGAUGGUGAGGCUGGCAAACCUGGUCGUGGUGGUGAGCGGGGACCUUCUGGUCCACAGGGUGCUCGUGGUUUCCCAGGAACCCCCGGACUUCCCGGAAUCAAGGGUCACAGAGGAUUCAGCGGUCUGGAUGGUGCUAAAGGAGACACUGGCCCUGCUGGACCCAAGGGAGAGGCUGGAGCCCCUGGUGAGAAUGGAACUCCUGGUGCUAUGGGGCCCCGUGGUCUGCCUGGUGAGAGGGGUCGCGCAGGUCCUUCUGGAGCUGCUGGAGCCCGUGGUAACGAUGGUGCUGCUGGUGCUGCUGGACCUCCGGGUCCCACUGGCCCUGCUGGACCUCCGGGAUUCCCAGGUGGCCCCGGGCCCAAGGGUGAUGUUGGAGGACAGGGUGCACGUGGACCUGAGGGCCCUGCUGGAGCUCGUGGAGAACCUGGUAACCCCGGACCCGCUGGCCCAGCUGGACCUUCUGGAAACCCUGGAGCUGAUGGAGCCUCUGGUGCUAAGGGAGGCCCUGGUGCCCCUGGUGUUGCUGGAUCUCCUGGUUUCCCUGGACCACGUGGACCUCCAGGACCACAGGGUGCAGCUGGUGCCCCUGGAUCCAAGGGUAAUACUGGUGAAGUUGGUGCCCCAGGAUUCAAGGGAGAGCCUGGUGCAAAGGGAGAGGCUGGUGCUACAGGUGUUCAGGGACCCCCAGGACCUGCUGGUGAGGAGGGCAAAAGAGGAUCCAGAGGAGAACCCGGUGCUGCAGGUGCCCGUGGAGCCCCUGGAGAGCGUGGGGGUCCUGGAGGCCGUGGUUUCCCUGGUUCCGAUGGCCCUGCUGGACCCAAAGGUGCCCCUGGCGAGCGUGGUGCUCCUGGUCUUGUUGGACCUAAAGGUUCCACCGGUGAGCCUGGUCGUACUGGUGAGCCUGGUCUCCCUGGAGCUAAGGGUAUGACCGGCAGCCCUGGUAGCCCUGGACCUGACGGCAAACUGGGAGCUUCUGGAGCCCCUGGACAAGAUGGACGUCCUGGACCCCCUGGCCCUGGUGGAGCAAGAGGUCAGCCUGGAGUCAUGGGAUUUCCUGGACCAAAGGGAGCUGCUGGUGAGGCUGGAAAGCCUGGUGAGAGAGGAGUCAUGGGACCCACUGGCGCUGCUGGAGCUUCUGGAAAGGAUGGUGAAGUUGGUCCUCAAGGUCCUCCAGGUCCUUCCGGUCCUGCUGGUGAGAGAGGAGAGGCAGGACCUUCUGGGUCCCCUGGAUUCCAGGGGCUUCCUGGACCUCAGGGAGCCGUUGGUGAGAGUGGCAAGCCCGGAGAGCAGGGUAUGCCUGGUGAGCCAGGAGCUGCAGGUCUUGCUGGAUCCAGAGGCGACAGAGGAUUCCCCGGUGAGCGUGGUGCCCCCGGUCCCAUUGGCCCCGCUGGCACCCGUGGAUCCCCCGGUUCUCCUGGUAGUGAUGGUGCUAAGGGAGAACCUGGAGCCCCUGGUGCUCCCGGAGCUGUUGGUCCUCCUGGACUGCAGGGAAUGCCUGGUGAGCGCGGAGCUGCUGGUCUUCCAGGACUGAGAGGAGACAGAGGUGACCAAGGAGCUAAGGGUGCUGAUGGUGCACCUGGUAAAGAUGGGCCCCGUGGUUUGACUGGACCAAUUGGACUUCCUGGACCAGCUGGUGCUCCUGGUGACAAGGGAGAGAAUGGUGCCCCUGGACUUGUCGGCCCUGCUGGAGCCCGCGGAGCACCUGGUGAGCGCGGUGAAGCUGGACCACCUGGACCUGCUGGAUUUGCUGGACCUCCUGGUGCUGAUGGACAACCUGGUGCUAAGGGAGAGUCUGGAGAUAAUGGUGCUAAGGGAGAUGUUGGACCUCCAGGAGCUGCUGGACCAACUGGUGCUCCCGGACCUCAGGGUCCUGUUGGAAACACUGGUCCUAAGGGAACCCGUGGAGCAGCUGGACCUCCUGGUGCUACAGGCUUCCCUGGAGCUGCUGGCAGAGUUGGCCCUCCAGGCCCUGCUGGAAACUCUGGUCCCCCUGGACCUCCUGGACCAUCUGGCAAGGAGGGACCCAAAGGAAACCGUGGUGAGACUGGACCUGCUGGUCGCCCUGGUGAGAUUGGUGCUUCUGGACCCCCAGGAAAUCCUGGAGAGAAGGGUAGCCCUGGUUCAGAUGGUGCUGCUGGAGCUUCCGGUCUGCCCGGACCCCAAGGUAUUGCUGGAGCACGUGGCAUUGUUGGUCUGCCUGGACAGAGAGGAGAGAGAGGUUUCCCUGGUCUCCCUGGGCCUGCAGGAGAAAUUGGAAAGCCUGGAUCUGCUGGCCCUGGUGGUGAGCGUGGGCCUCCCGGACCCAUGGGACCCCCUGGUCUUGCUGGUGCCCCUGGAGAACCUGGACGUGAGGGAAACCCUGGUAAUGAAGGACCAUCUGGACGAGAUGGAGCUCCUGGACCCAAGGGAGACCGUGGAGAGAGUGGCGCUGCUGGAGCCCCUGGUGCCCCCGGACCCUCUGGUGCCCCUGGACCUGUUGGACCCGCUGGAAAGUCUGGUGACCGUGGAGAGACUGGGUCUGCUGGCCCCGCUGGCUCUGCUGGCCCUGCUGGACCUCGUGGCCCUGCUGGACCUGCUGGAGCUCGUGGAGACAAGGGAGAGACCGGAGAGGCUGGAGAGAGAGGCAUGAAGGGACACAGAGGAUUUACUGGCCAACAGGGACCUCCUGGACCACCUGGAUCCUCUGGAGAAGCUGGGCCUGCUGGUUCUUCUGGACCUGCUGGACCCAGAGGUCCUGCUGGAUCUGCUGGUGCUCCAGGUAAGGACGGUAUGUCUGGUCUUCCUGGACCCACUGGACCUCCUGGACCCCGUGGACGUUCUGGAGAGAUGGGACCUUCUGGUCCUCCUGGACCUCCAGGACCCCCAGGACCUCCUGGUGCCCCCGGUGGUGGAUUCGAAAUUGGUUUCAUUACCCAGGAGAAGGCCCCUGAUCCCUUCCGCAUGUUCCGUGCUGAUGACGCUAAUGUUCUCCGUGACCGCGACCUGGAGGUGGACAGCACCCUGAAGAGCCUUAGUCAACAGAUUGAGCAGAUCCGCAGCCCUGACGGAACCAGAAAGAACCCUGCCAGAACUUGCAGAGAUCUUAAGAUGUGCCACCCUGACUGGAAGAGCGGUGAGUACUGGAUUGACCCUGACCAGGGCUGCACUCAGGAUGCCAUCAAGGUCUACUGCAACAUGGACACCGGAGAGACCUGCAUAACACCAACUCAGCCUGAGGUUGCCAAGAAGAACUGGUACAUGAGCAAGAACAUCAAGGAGAAGAAGCACGUCUGGUUCGGAGAGGCUAUGAAUGACGGCUUCCAGUUCGAUUACGGCAGCGAGGGUUCUCUGCCAGAGGAUGUCAACAUUCAGCUGACCUUCUUGCGUCUCAUGUCUACUGAGGCAUCCCAGAACAUCACCUAUCAUUGCAAGAACAGCAUUGCCUACAUGGAUGCUGCUGCUGGCAACCUCAAGAAGUCCCUCCUUCUCCAGGGCUCCAAUGAGAUUGAGAUCAGAGCUGAGGGCAACAGCCGUUUCACCUACAGUGUCCUGGAAGAUGGAUGCACGUCACACACCGGAACAUGGGGCAAGACAGUCAUUGACUAUAAGACAACAAAAACAUCUCGCCUCCCCAUCAUUGAUAUUGCUCCUAUGGACGUUGGUGCUCCAGACCAAGAGUUUGGCCUUGAAGUUGGACCUGUCUGUUUCUUGUAAAAAGAGAAAUCUGGACUUGAAAGUGUUGUUGUGUGCGUGCGUGUGUGUGUGUUUUAUUUUUUCUAGCAGUCAUCUCUCCCCAAAAAAGAAACCCCACCAAAAGAUUCUUGCAAUGUCAUUUGCCUGAAAAUUCUGACCCUUCACUCCUGAAUCGACACAUCUCCACUUGGCCUUUGUUUCCAAUGGUCUACUUUGCCUAAAACUGCACUUGAACAAAAACAAGACAGUGGCGGUGUGGUGGCAUCUGCAUCGCUGUGUUUGGGACCACUAUUUUUGUUUGGUUUUUUUGUUUUUACUUUUUUUCCCUUGUUUUUUGCCAUCACCAACACCAAGGAUCCUGUAGAGAAGACAUUUUGUUUCACUGGCAACAAGAAAAUAAUAUAUGCCUCUGUAAAGUGUAAAAAAAAAAAAAAACCUCCCCUCUUAUUUUAGCCAAACCAGGCCUCUCUGGAGUUUACAAAAAUACAAAACUGACUUUUGUAUUUUAUACACCUCUGCGCUCUGAGGAAUGAACGGACAGUCACAACAGACAGAAUUCAAUUGUUUGUACCACGUUUCAGGUGUUGAUGAAUAAACGGUGAAACUGACAGUCAUCUUUGUGUUUGUUGUUCUGCCCUCCUCUGCUUCACCUGCUCUUGGCAAGGUCAACAUCCCCCUCUUACUGCUGUUGUGAUUUGUUUGUUUUGUGAUUGAUAUCUUGUUUUUGUUUUUUCUUUUCCUAAGAACCAUUGCAUUAAAAACACCAGCAGAGAAAAAUGAGUUUAAACCUCUUUUAUGAAAAAGAUAAUAUCGCUACCUCAGAAAUGAAAGAAAUUCCAGCAUUUUAAAAGGACUCUGAGUAUUUGAAAUGAAGCCUGUUUUCAUUGUGGCGGUCUGUGGGGUAGUUGAGGUUUACUGACACUUUUAACAGAAGCAGAACUAAAACUUAAGGUGCUAUUUUUUUCUUUGAGGUCUGUUGGCUAUCCAGUAUGGCUCCACUGUUGUGCAGUGUUACAAACAUUCUGGCAUGGCAGCGCCCUCUUGGUGCUAAAAAUGAAACCACAGCUUUUAAUUCUUGGUGCCCAGAAGGAGACAAACUUCUUCUGUCUGAUCAUGGUGGCAGUAAAACUUUUCUUUUUGCUAUUCAGCUUCUACUCCAACUUUUCAUCCCUUCAUUCAUGAAUCUGUUGUACUUAUUUUCUUGUUCUCUUGUGGAACAGGUGACUUUCCUCAUCAACAAAUUAGAAUCAGAGAUUUUAAUCACCACCCAGAUGGAGAGGCAUCAGAAAGAGUUUGUGAGUUAGAAGGACACACCCAUGGGGAAAAAAUCAGAUCUGUACCUAUUUUGUAUAUGUAUAAUAAACUGAGAUGUUUUUAAUUAUUUUGAAUGCUGAAAUAAAGCAUGUUAAGUGGUCUAACA